AUGACAUCACUCCCCCCAGCUAGCACCCUCCCCCACGCCUCCGAAUCCGAACUCACACACGUUCUGGACCUACUCUUCGAACCUUCACCACCCCUGCGCGAGAUAACUUUUCCCGUGCUGCGGUCCGCUACUUUCCCAAGCUAUGACAUUCUGAUCACGGCCGUCAACGCUCAGCUCGCCGCGCUGGCCCAGUCAGAGGAUGCCAACGAUGUGAAGAAGCUGUCUGAGAUACUCUGCUCGCACCCAAGGUUGGGUGAGAAGAAAGUAGACAGCGAACAAAGUCGGAAAGAGCAGGCGCAGUUGCAAGCAGGCGCAGAGGAAGAGAAGGAGAAGUUGGCGGGUUUGAACAGGGAGUAUGAGGACAAGUUUCCGGGCUUGAGAUAUGUUGUCUUCGUUAAUGGCCGACCCCGACCAGAAAUCAUGGACAAUAUGCGCUCCCGCAUUGACCGUGGCGACAUCAAAGCUGAGCGCCAAGAGGCCAUUCAAGCCAUGUGUGAUAUAGCUCUAGACCGAGCCUCGAAAUUACAGAAAGCAUAG